GUAGGGUUUCUAGUUCGGGAAUCUAUCCAUCCUAAUACCGUCUCAUUUUGCAAUUAGAGAAUGAACUGUUAGCAAUCAGUGUUCAAAGAUGAACAAGGGAUUCACAUAUUUGAGAGAAAGUUUUAAUAAAAAGAGUGAAUAGCUUUUUCAGAAACAAAAGAGAGUUUCAGUAGCAACAAAGAAGGAAAAGAAGUUGAAAGGUUCUAAUACUUGAGAAAACCUAAAAUAAGAAUUAGUAAAACAUAGAUUUUGAAAUUAACACUUAGACAAGUCCAAAGACUGAAUAAGUGAAUAGUUGGCUCGGUUCCUUGGCUUGAUUUUCGUCUGGUUCAGAGUACACCAAAACAACAAUUAAUUUCUUCAGUCUUCUGGUUUGUGAUCUAGUAACUGGGCCCUUAGACAAGCAUAAUGGAUCCUUGUCUUGAUUGGUGUCGGCUGAGAAAGUCAUGACUGGUUCAUCAUCAGUCUGGGUCCGAGUCUAAGUAUCACCAAGUCCAUUUAGCUCCAAGUCAGCUUCACAGUCACUUGAUUGUUGCAUCCACUCAGUUCCAUCCAUAGAGUUGUAUCCACGAGUUUCUGCAUCCACCAGUUCGGCAUCCACAGAGUUGCAUCCACGGGGUUGCACCCAUUUCAAAUUAUCUUCUAGCUCGAUCAUGCUUGCAUCAUCCCCUCCUCCUUUAAAAUGAUUUGACCUCAAAUCCGAAUCCUCUGCACAAAUGGGAUUAAGUCAGCUACAUUGAAAGUAGAACUAACAUCAUACUUACCUUGGACAAUUGAAGUUGUUUUCCUCAAAUACUUCAAGUUCCAAGUUCCUUGAACACAAGUGUUGUGCCAACCUCCUCUGCUUGCUUCCGUUUGAAGUUGAUCCUGUAUAUCAUGCGCUUCCAAAACAACUAGAGAAACCACAUCAAAUUUGCGAAAAAAAUAUUCAAAAAGUUUCUCUAUCCGUAAGAUAUCAAGAACAUGAUUCAAUCUCUUAGGACAAUCAUCAAGCACGUGUGUAAACAUCAAGAAAGUAAACUGAGUGCCAAAAGUUGGUUUAUUUGAUUUAAAAUCAAGCAAAGCUGUGAAACUGUUAGGAAAAGAAUGAGAAAGUGCCAACUUCUCAACAUGAACGAAAUCAAAUUGAUUCUCUGGUCAAAGGAGUUUUGGUUCAUGCUUUGUUCCACUCCAAAAUUCUUUCAAUGCAUAGCUCAAUGAAAACAAGUCAUGGAAUUAUCUACGUUCAAGAAAAACGUUUUUCAACCAAGUAAAGAAAUGUUCUCGCAGAGAAAAUUUCUUUAUUAAAACGGUUUCAUGAUUAGUAGAGACAAUUAUCAACUCAUGAUCCUUACAGUGCUUUUGGCUUUGACAUGAGAUUGACUGAGGAAUCGCCAUUGGUUCAGUGCUGGCUGAUUGCUGCAACAGUUUCUCUGGUGCUGAACUAUGUGGUGCCUCUUCUGUUGGGUUUUCUUUCAAUCCAUGUGACAAAGGAACAAGACUACUCGGCUGUACCGGUUCAAGAUGGUUAAAUUUAUCACAAGUCUGUUUAUUUUCAAGCGCAACAUCAGAAUGAAAAGAAGGAAGUAAACACUUAGCUUUCAAGGAUUUCAAAGAAAGGUUUGUGGCUUCACGGUUUGACUAUGAGCCCUGAUCUAUCUUCUUGCUCAUGUGUUGCUGAUCUUGUAGUGCUUCCAAUGGAGACAAAGGAACUAAGUUGAUGUUCUUACCUUGGAACAGGAAUGAGAACUGGUUGGUGAGUCCUUUAUAAGUAACUUGCCGAUCAAACUGCCAUGGCCUCCCUAGAAUAAUGUGAGUGGCUUCCAUAGGCCAAGCAUCACAAAGAACUUCAUCUUCAUAGUGCCCAACAGAAAAGGAUACCAAGACCUGUCUGGUAACUUUCAUUUCUCCAUUAUCUGUCAACUAUUGAAGCUUGUAAGGAUGAGGAUGCUUCUUAGUUUCCAAACCAAUUUUCUUCACCAUUGUUGAACUCGCCACAUUUGCAUAGCUACCUCCAUCAAUGAUCAUACUGCACACUUUGUUCUGAACCAAAACUCUCGUCUGAAACAAUUUUUGCCGUUGCUCUUUGCUUUCUUCAUUGCUUUUAUUAAGCUCCAUGGGCACAUCCUUGGUGACCUGAUUCCUGCCAUGAGACUUGACAGAUUCAUCAGCACAAAUGAAAUUAGAAGUUUUGGAAGUACCUCUGGUUUCUUGGCUAAGUGAUGAAAGCGGUUCUGUUUUUGGUUUUGGUCUAGCCGAUUUCUCCUUAGAAUAACUUGGCCUUUGGCUCACUGCUUCAGAUCUUGAGGAUGGGGACGUGUAUUUGCUCUUUCUUUAGCUCUCUUCCACGACCUGAAGUGGUGGUAACAACCUUUUCGCACAGUCAUCAUACUGUUGGUUUCUACCGAACCGAUCAUCGAGUUUUCUAAAUCUGUGGUAACUUCUUUGAUCAUCACGCCUAUGAUCAUGAACUGCAUCAUCACUGGAUGGUCUAGGCUGCUCUCUGUGUCUGCUAGUAAGCCUCUCCAGUGGUCUUCUUGGCUGUGUCCUUUCCUGCACCGAAUAAAAAUUGUUAGAAGCAUUUGCAUAUACUGUUUUUCAAAACAUUUUGCUUUUUUCUAACAAAGCUUUAGUAGAAGAAUUGAAUCGGUCAUGCUGUGGAAUCUUCUCCUGGCUGCUUCUUCUUAGUAAUCCAAACAUCUUGUUCCUGAAAUCACUUAACAAACGUUAAAAGCAACAAGAUCUCACAAGUGUUUCUCUCGAAAGUGUUUAUCUCUCUCACAAGUGAUUCUCUAGUGAAUAUCUCCAAGUUCCAGGGGAACUAACAAUCAAUCUCAGUGCCAAACCAAAGAUCAAAUGGUAAAUCAAGAGAAGAAGAAGAAGAUAGACAGAUUUCAAGAUUUUUUUCGGGAACCGAUUUUACCAAGCUUGAGACCGGAUUUCUCCUCGGUCUGAUCGGAUUUCUCUUCGAUCCCUUUUCUUUCUUUCUUUUUAUUGUUAUUUUUUUAAUAAGGUUACCAAGCUGGCUCGGUUUCCUUACACAGAUAGAUAGAGAAGAAGUGUUUAAGAAAUGGUGGAAAGAUGAGAAGAUUAGAAGAUGAAACGAUAGAAUUACCGAGCUUGGGAGUGUUGCUCUGAUACCACUUGAUGAAUACCUUAUGAUGAGAUCCUUUGUCCCUGAUGCUUUUGAAGGAAAAUCUGAUGGUUUGAGAGUGAUGUGGAUUGAUUUGGAUGGAGAUUUUCAGAAAUGAUAUAUGGAUUGAUCAGAUCUUGUGUAGAUGUGUCUAAGAUCAAGAGAAUGAACUCUGUUGUGAUCAAAGACAAGUUUUGCAAUAAGAGAAUGAACUCUUAGCAAUCAGUGUUCAAAGAUGAACAAGCGAUUCACAGAUUUGUGAGAAAGUUAUAAUAAAAAGAGUGAAUAGCUUUUUCAAAAACAAAAGAGAGUUUAAGUAGUAACAAAGAAAGAAAAGAAGUUGAAAGGUCCUAAUACUUGAGAAAAUCAAAAAUAAGAAGUAGUAAAACAUAGAUUUCGAAAUUAACACUUAGACAAGUCCAAAGACUAAAUAAGUGAAGAGUUGGCUCGGUUCCUUGGCUUGAUUUCCGUCUGGUUCAGAGUAAAUCAAAACAGCAAUUGAUUUUUUUCAGUCUUCUAGUUUGUGAUCUAGUAACUGGGCCCUUAGACAAGCAGAAUGGAUCCUUGUCUUGAUUGGUGUCGGCGGAGAAAGUCAUGUCUGGUCCAUCAUCAGUAUGGGUCCGAGCCUGAGUAUGACCGAGUCCAUUUAGCUCCAAGUCAGCUUUAUAGUCACUUGAUUGUUGCAUCCAAUCAGUUCCAUCCAUAGAGUUUUGUAUCCACGAGUUUCUGCAUCCACCAGUUCGUCAUCCACAGAGUUGCAUCCAUUUCAAAUUAUCUUCUAUCUCGACCAUACUUGCAUCACCUCCAGCAUGGACCUACGGAUGAAUACAUACUUUACAUGCUCUUAUCUCUACGGGGAAACCCCUCUGGUCUAGACCUACUAAUUGGUGUACACAAUUACUCCUACUCAUAUGAGAAAAUUGAUUUGGAGAGGCAUAAUACCAUUAUGCUGAGAGAGAGUCGAACCCGUGACCUUUAGUAGUCUUUGAGAAGCAUGACCACUAGGAUAGAAUCAUGUUUAAUUUAGAAAAAUAUGUUACUCAACAAUUUAAAAUUGUUUAUUAUACUUGAAACCACAUAUAUGACUAAAGCAAAACAUAAUGAUAGUUAACACGAUUAUUUUUGAUAGAGAAAUUCUGAAAUGAUUUAAAACAUAUAAGUAAAUGAAAUCGAAACAUUAACCAUUUGUUUAACACGAUAGUUAAAUGAUUUAACACAAUUAUAUUUCCUCUAUUUCAAAUUGUAGGUAGUAGUUUAAGUCAAAAGUAUCAAUAUUUAAAAGUGGUUACUUGUUAAAAAGUAUUAUUUAAUAUAUAACUUCAACCAAUUUUAGAAAAAGCUAUAUAAUUUAAUUGGUUAUACAAUAUUCAAUGGCCGGCAUUCACUACUCACAUGGAAGAGUUUCUACGAUGUAAGGAUUACUUCCCCAACUUCUUCAUUCAACACAUUCCAAGGGCGCAAAAUAAAAUGGCGGACAAACUAGUACGAGGUGUUAGAGAUCUGUCUUCUGCUAUGAUUUAUGUUGAUUCAGUUCCACCGAGAUGGCUCUCGCGUCCGGAACCGGUUUAGUUUAGUUUCUUUUGUUGAAAAAAAAAAGUUAUACAAUAUUCAAUAAUUACAAAAAUUGCAUUUCAUUGAAAUGUUAAAACUAAAUAUAUUUUAAAAUAUUUUUUUUUUAUAAAACAACAUAUAUUAUGAAAAAGAGAGAGUAAUUUGAUAACAUGCCCAUGAGCACGAAAGAGUGUUAACGAAUAAAUCUAAACUUUCAAAUGUAUAUUACUUUUGAAAAGUUUAUACUAAUAUAUAGAUUCAAAAGUCGUAAAUGUAUUCAAAUUUGAGUCUGGAAAGGUGUAAGGACUAAUAAUUGUAUAGAACCAUUUUGAUAUAUAAAAUAAAAAUGUUUGGCCCAAAAAAAUAGAAAACUGAGUUGAUAAAUCACAAUAAUUAAAUCACAACCCAUGAAGUUGGUGAGACUUAUAAAGGCAGGGUCUAAUUCAAUCACCAUUCAUUCUCUCUCUCUCUCUCUCUCUCUCGAUCGAAAGUCAAGCUUUCCGUCUGAAAGGGGAACACCUUCCAAGAGAAGAGCAUCCAAAGAAGAAGAAAACUCCAUUAAUGGAGAAAGAGGCAGCAGAAACAUCAACAGAACUCAAUUUCGACAGCACAACUUCAUCUCCAUACAUAACAGCUCCUUCAAGCCCAACCCUAUUUGGAAACAACAAUGUUAUUUUCUUCAGUGCACCCACAAGCCCUUCUCCUUCAACUUCUUCCAAUAUACCCUUUGACUGGAGUGACCAACCAAGAACUCCCAAGAAGAGAUCAGCCAGCGAUAUUGAUGAUGAUUUCGAGUUCAAUUUCAGUGGACAAUUGGAUAAAUCUUUUUUCUCUGCCGCCGAUGAGCUCUUUGACGGAGGAAAGAUUCGACCUUUAGGGCCCUCACUCCCUCCUGUCGUUUCUUGUGUUCUUGACAGAGAAGAUUCUGGUCCAGGAAAAGACCGGUCUCCCGGAUCUUCUAUGUCUCCGUUGAGGGUUUCAGACAUUGUGGUUGAUGAAGAAGAAGUACACGAGACAACAAAAAUGGUUGCUUCUAACACAAGCAACCAAAAAUCCUCUGUUUUCUUGUCAGCGAUUCUGUUCCCUGGUCGAGCAUACAAGAAGUGGAAACUCAAAGAUCUGUUGUUAUUCAGGAGUGCAUCCGAUGGUAGACCUGUUCCAACCAAAGAGUCAUUGAGAAGAUAUGAUAUACUUACAAAGAAAGAGGCCGAGGAAGUGAAAAGUUCGAGUAUCCGAUCAAGAGAGUGUUGUGAAUCGACAGUGUCUAGGUCAAGGAGAAGGCACGGCACGGUGGUUUCGGCUCAUGAGAUGCAUUACACUGAGAACAGAGCAGUGUCAGAGGAGUUGAAAAGGAAGACGUUCUUGCCGUACAAGCAAGGCUGGUUAGGAUGCUUAGGGUUUAACCCUGCGGUCCAUGAAAUUUCAAGAGUUGGGUCCUUGUCACGUGCUGCUUCCUCUUAAUCCCUUUUGUGCCUUUUGUUUUAUAUAUUAUUUUUUGUGGCUUAAAUUUUCAGAUGUGGUGGUGAGAUUCCAUUUAAUUGAUGGGGUAUAUGAUAUUGUUUCAUUCGUAUAACGUUUUGAUACAGAUGAUAAAAGGAAAAAAAAAAUGUAAAAUCGGCGUAGGAUAUAUUUGGAUAUUUCAUUCAUUCGAUGAAAGUUAUGGAUGGGCAACUAAAUGCUAAAACAUUAUUAAGAAAACACAUAUUAAACGAAAUUUCCCGACCAUAUUAU